UAGUUGUCAAUUUGCCGCAAAGUUGAUGGAGUGUGCAAUGGUGAUUGAAGUUACAUUUUGUUUAUUGUUUUAAUUACAAUCUUAUUAUUUUUUUAUUCGAUCUUUACAAUGAACUUAUCUGAAGAUAACGCGUUUGGAAAUGGCCUAUUGUAUGUGGGUUUUAACCAAGAUCAAGGUUGUUUCGCUUGUGGCACUGAGAAUGGGUUCCGCGUCUUUAAUAGUGAUCCUUUGAAAGAAAAAGAAAGGCAAAAUUUCGCCGAAGGCGGCCUGUCUUACGUAGAGAUGUUGUUUAGAUGUAACUAUAUGGCUUUAGUCGGGGGUGGAAAAACCCCCGUUUAUCCUCCAAACAGAGUUAUCAUUUGGGAUGAUUUGAAGAAAGAUUCUGCUAUUUCCCUUGAUUUUAAUAGCCCUGUUAAAGCUGUGAAGCUACGCAGAGAUCGAAUUGUUGUUGUUUUGGAAAAUUUAAUAAAGGUUUAUACAUUUACUGCUCAGCCACAGCUACUUCAUGUUUUUGAGACAUGCCAAAACUCUCGUGGGCUAUGUGUUGUGUGCCCAAACAGCAAUAAUGCAUUGCUUGCCUAUCCAAGUAGAAAACCCGGUCAUGUUCAACUGGUGGAGUUGAGCAGUCAUGCAGGAACCAGCACAGCACCAGAAGGACAUCUAAUAGCUGCUCACGAGGCUCCACUGGGCUGCCUGGCUCUGAACGUAGGAGGCACUAGGCUGGCCACUGCCUCGACCAAAGGCACACUCAUUCGUGUAUUUGACACUUCUACCGGACAAAAGCUUGCUGAAUUAAGACGAGGGGCUCAUCAGGCAACUAUCUACUGUAUUAACUUUAACCACACAAGCACUAACUUGUGUGUGACAUCGGACCAUGGAACAGUUCAUGUAUUCAGUCUAGAAGAUGAGAAAUUGAAUAAGCAGUCAAGCUUGGCAACUGUGAAUUUCUUACCCAAAUAUUUUUCUAGUAAUUGGAGUUUCUGCAAGUUUACUAUACCAAAUGGGCCUCCAUGCAUUUGUGCAUUUGGAGUAGAUAAGAGUUCUAUAAUAGUAAUUUGUGCUGAUGGAUCAUACUACAAAUACAAAUUCAAUGAAAAAGGUGAGUGUACAAGAGAUGUAUAUGCCCAGUUUCUGGAAACAUCCGAGGAUAGAUAAAUAAAUGCUGCAAUGAUGAAGCUGGAUGAAAUAAGUCAGCCAAGUUUAAUGGACUUCAGUGAUGUUUUCUUUUUGACUUACAUGUAAUUGGCAUCGAAGGGUCUGGGUAAAAUUGGCAUUGUUUUUAUUUUAUUUUAGCAGCAACAAAUACUUUUAAUGGAAGGAACACAUAUUAUUAAAGGAACAAUACAUUUUAUGGACCACAUAGUUACUCACGAAUAAAAUCUGUCUCGCCUAUCUAGAUAAUUGAUUUU